AUGGAGGGCGGGAAACUCUCGGAUCCCCCGUCAGACACAAGCAGCACUCUGAAAAACCACAAAAGAACCCAUGAAUGCUCAGAGUGUGGGAAAUCCUUUGCUCGCAGAUCCCUCCUUUUGACCCACAGGGAGGUCCAUGUGGGAAGCAGAUCCAGUCAAGGAUUGGAGGGUGAGAAAUCCUUUUCUGGAAAAGGUGCCAAAGAUCUCAGACGUCCCCCCAGACUAAAACCUCAUAAAUGUGAGGAAUGUGACUUACGCUUUGGUCAAAAGUCACGUCUUCUUACACAUCAGAAAAUCCACACUGGAGAGAAACCUUAUCAAUGUCUGGAAUGUGGGAUUUUUUUCCGUGAGAAAUCCACCCUCAGAAGCCACGAGAGAAUUCACACAGGGGAGAAACCUUACACGUGUUGGGAGUGUGGGAAGAGCUUUUCUCGGAAGGCAAAUCUUCGGGUCCAUGAGAAGGUUCAUGCAGGAAUAAAACCUUACAAAUGCUUUGAGUGUGGAAAAUGUUUCACCCUGAGUUCAACUCUUCGGAAUCAUGAGAAAACACACACAGGGGAGAAAAAUGAAAAGUGUCUUGAAUGCGGGAAAUGUUUUUCCAAGAAAUCAAGCCUGGUGCAGCAUCAGAGACGUCACACUGGAGAGAGACCCUAUGAAUGCCCAGAAUGUGAGAAACGAUUUAUGUGUUCUUCUGAACUUCAGAGACAUCAGAAGAUACACAAAGGGGAGAAACCCUAUCAAUGUGGGGAAUGUGGAAAACGUUUUCUUACACAAAGAGUGCUUCAGUUUCACGAGAGAAUCCACACGGGGGAAAAACCAUACAAAUGUGGGGAGUGUGGGAAAUGCUUUUCCCUAAAACAAAGCCUUGGAAGGCAUCAGACGCUCCACACAGGAAAGAAGCCAUACAGAUGCCUAGAAUGUGGAAAAUGUUUUGCAACCCUUUGGACACAUCAUAAAACCCACACAGGGGAGAAGCCAUAUCAAUGCAUCGAAUGUGGACAAUUUUAUUCUACCACAUCAAACCUUAGAAGUCAUAGAACCCACACUGGAGAGAAACCAUAUAAAUGUCCAGAGUGUGGGCAAUGUUUUGCCCGAACUUCAUCACUUCACAAGCACACCAGAAGUCACACAGGGGAGUCGCCUUACAAGUGUGCAGAGUGUGAAAAAACCUUUCAUAGUAAAUGUCACCUAAAAAGGCAUCAGAAUGUCCAUAUUAGAGAGAAACCCCUUCAGUUGUGA